AUGCCCCGCCGCGCGGUGCAGCCGGCAGAACGCUCUCCGAAGCGGAGAAAAAAGGCGAAGAAGGCCAAGAAGGCCAAGAAGAGAAGCAGCUCCAGCUCAGACUCCAGCGAGGAAAGAGAGGAAGCUGCACAUGUGCAGGGCUUCCAUGCGAACGCAUGGGCAGGCUACUGGGCGACGGUGGCAUAUAGCCAAUGGGCUCAGGCCUAUAGCUAUAGCCGUCCAACUGCAGGUUUCCCCCAUGUACUAGCAGCGGCUGCUAGUUCUGCACCCACGGAAGCGCCUGCGUCCGUGUCAACAUUCCUUGAUGGUGGCAUUGAGGAGGUGGUCGAGGUGCCCCGCUCAGAGAUCGCCCGGGUGAUCGGCAAACGUGGCAGGACCAUUGCAGAGGUGCGGUCCAAGAGCGGUGCUUGGAAGGUGGAUGCCCGGGACCAGGAGGAGGAUCCUUGCCAAGUGAAGAUUGAAGGCCCUCCUGAGGCCGUGCAAAAAGCCAAGGAACUCAUACGCGAGCUGUCCAGACCCAUGUCCGAGAGAUAUGCGGGGCAGCAAUACGUGGACAUCUCGCAGGGGCAGAUUGGCAAAGUCAUCGGUACCAAAGGCGCCCGCGUCCUGGAAAUCGAGCGCCAGACCGGCGUGAAGAUCGAUGUUGACUACAGCCGUGCCCCCUGCCGUGUCUUCCUCACUGGGAGCGACGCGCAAGUGCGCUUGACGAAGCGAUUGCUGCAGGAGAUUGCCAAUGAGCGCUUUCGAUCCUUGCAGAGCUUCAGCAGCUGCAGGACUUUGCAGGGCGGAGUCGACAGCAAGGAGGACAUCGGCGAUAUCGGGUUUUGGAUGGUUUUGGUGUUUAUAGGAGCGACCGUCGCCUCCAAGCUCCGACAGCUCGCAGCGGCGGCGCUUCGGUUGAGCGCUCGCGAUGCGGUCGACCGGAGGUGGGGCUUCGCUGGCACCGUGCAGGGCAUCAGUGUGCGAGUGACUGAGGAGAUGUGUCGAACUCCAGACUUCAUGACAGACAGAAACCCCUUCGCCACGCCCAGCCGAACUCCGCCGGGCAGCGACCGGAACCGCACCUUUCCGUCCGGAGCGUUUCACCGGUGGGUCGACGUGAGGCAGGAGCAGGAUGAUGUGUGCCGGCGGGCCAGACGUCCGGUGGACCGCAAAGCGCCGCCGCCGGUGAAAGAGCUCUUCCAGGGCUGUCAGGAUCUUCGGUGGCAGCAUUUCCUCUUCAAGCUACGUAUCUCAGGAGGAGCGAUGUGGUCAGUGAACCACGAGACGACGAGCUGGUUCCAAUUCUUUGACUUUGGGUCCGAUCACCCGACUUUCUCUCAGGAGGUCGACCCGCAGCAGUUCACGAAGCAUGGCCAUCUUCGACCACACUGGGCACGUGGAUGUCGUCUUGGCAUGGCCAUCUUCGAGGUCCUCUCGCACUAUUUGACCUCGGGAAGAUUGACACCUUUGCCUCCCAAGCCAUUGCACUUCCUUCGCAAGGCCGAUGACACUCUCAAGAGCAGCGGUGGCCUGUUCGCUGCCCUGGGCAUUUCAGGAGGUCAACUGGAGUACCUCAGGGUCCUUUGGGAACUCCAGAACUUCCAUUUUGCCUCGACAGCUCCCAGGCCAUCGUCUUGGGCAUCUUCCUCUGCCUUGGCCGCUUUAGCCUUUGACUUCGGUGCUUCUCAGGGAGUCGACUCAGAGAUGAUGCUGCUGGCUGGCCUGCAGGUGGUGGCAGUGGAAGGCAAUCCUGAGGCCCUGCAUUUUUUUGAGCAGCGCUUGCAUCGCUAUGGCGAUGAUUUCCUGCGUUUACGGCUGCAGGCGAUCAACGCGGCUACAGGUGCAUUCUCUGCACCGCCUGUGGCGAUCUUCCAGGUGAACCACCAUGAUCCAGAGACCUCGGGUGUGAUGGAUGCUUCGAGCGCAGAAGGUGGCACGCCUUUGCCCGAUGCGACGACGGUGCCGGUGUCGCGCGUCUCCUGCGGCGCCCUCUACCGCGCGUGGACGCCGUCCAACGUCGCUGCGGAGUAUGCGAAGAUCGACUUGGAAGGCUCCGACCUGGAUUGCCUUGGCAGCCUUUUGCGGAACUCCUCGAAGCUACCACGCUUCGUGUCGAUGGAGGUGAAUUUGGUGGAGGUCAAGGGGAAGCUCAUUAAAGAGGAGACGAUGAAGCUGGCCAUUGAGCUUCUCAGCAUGCUGCAGGGCUCCUAUUGCGAGGCCAAGCUUUGCCGGCAGCAUCUCUACAAUCUCCGCCAGGUUCCAGGACGCGGCUUAGCAUCGCGCUUGGGGUGGGGUGCCAGUGGACCAUGGGGUGACCAGGCGGUGGAUUGGCGACGGGGAGAGCAUUGGGCACCUUUGGAGCUGGUCUUGUCUGAGCUUUUUGCUGCCAGCGUGCUCUCCAAGAUCUCUCGUGAGUGGUUUGAUCUUCAUUUGCGUCGUUGCUGA